CUUUUCGUAAACAAUUCGUGACAGUACAAAGGAAGGAUGGCCACUACUCUCUGUUCCAUGCUUGAGUUCAGACGGUUCUUCAUGCAUUUUGCUGCUGAUUUUUCGCUUACCGGAUCUUCUGACAAAUAUACACCGACUUUCAGCUAUCCAUCUGCUGUAGUGCUUCUAGUAUCACUAGUCGGCGUAAUUGACCAUUCCUGCAUCUUACUUCUGGCCAAGAUGUCAUCUAAGGCGAAGUUCCAGGAUGCCUGGCUGACGAAGCCUGAGUUCCAGCCGUGGCUUGCACGUGACGAUGGUGACUCAACGAGAGCCUAUUGCACGCUUUGCAAGGCCGGGAUGGGCGCAGCCAUCUCGACGCUGAGGAGGCAUAUGAAGGGCAAGACCCACGUCGCAGGCGAGAACAGGGCCAAGUGGAAGGCUGCUCAAGACUCUUCGCCCCCCAGCCCAUCUCUCAGUGCAACUGGUUUUGCAACCAUUCCUCUUUGUUGUUUCAUUGCAGAGCACAAUCUCCCCUUUACAUUGGCGGAUCCUCUCGCUGAGCUGCAAAGGCGAAUGUUCCCAGACUCCGACAUUGCCCAGUCUUUAAACAUCAAAAGGACUAAGUUCACGAGCAGAUGGAGCAGCAAAUAUUAUGGGCGAGCAGAACUCGCUCUGCAGCAGAUUGAGAGCAUCCGCUCAAGAUAUAACUUGUAA